AUGGCUGCCGUGGACAAAUCGGCACAGGAACAGCGCAAGGCUGACUGGGCCAUCAUGAAGGAGAUGUCGCGAUACCUAUGGCCGAAAGACAGUUUCAGCACGAAACUGCGCGUCGGCGUGGCCGUGGCGUUGCUGGUCGGCGCCAAGGUCCUAAACGUCCAGGUGCCGUUCUACUUCAAGAGCAUCGUCGAUGCCAUGAAUGUUGAUGUGGGAGCCAUGGGCGGGACGGCCGUCACAAUUGCAGGGAGCAUGAUCCUCGCCUAUGGCGCGACAAGGAUAGGGGCCACAGUCUUCCAGGAGCUGCGAAACGCCAUAUUUGCCACCGUUGCCCAGAAGGCCAUUCGCAAGGUCGCCUGCAACGUCUUUGAUCACUUGCUGCGCCUUGACCUCAGCUUCCACCUCUCCAAACAAACUGGUGGCUUGACCCGGGCCAUUGACCGCGGUACCAAAGGAAUCAGCUUUCUUCUGACGAGCAUGCUGUUCCACAUUCUCCCCAUUGGCCUCGAGAUCUCCAUGGUCUGCGGCAUCUUGACGUGGCAAUACGGCGCCCAGUUUGCCGCCAUCACAGCUACUACCAUGAUCGCCUACACGGCCUUCACUGUGUGGACGACGGCGUGGCGCACCAAGUUCCGCAGGCAAGCCAACGCCGCCGACAACAAGGCUUCGACUGUUGCCGUCGACUCGCUCAUCAACUAUGAGGCAGUCAAGUACUUCAACAAUGAGCAGUACGAGGUUGCGAGAUACAACGCUGCUCUCACGGCAUACGAGAAGAGCUCCAUCAAGGUCGCCACGUCGUUGGCGUUUCUCAACAGCGGCCAGAACAUCAUCUUCUCGUCGGCGCUGACUGCCAUGAUGUACCUGGCGGCCAACGGUGUCGCUGCAGGCACCCUGACGGUCGGUGACCUCGUCAUGGUCAACCAGCUUGUCUUCCAGCUGUCGGUGCCUCUGAACUUUCUCGGUUCCGUGUACCGUGAGCUGAGACAGUCGCUUCUGGACAUGGAGACUCUCUUCAACCUGCAAAAGGUCAACGUGUCCGUCAAGGAGCAGCCCGACGCCAAGCCCCUGCUGCUGGCCAAGGGCGGCGAGAUCAAAUUCGACAACGUCACGUUCGGCUACCACCCCGAGAGGCCGAUCUUGAGGAAUCUCUCCGUCACCCUCCCCGCCGGGAAAAAGGUAGCCGUCGUUGGGCCCAGUGGAUGUGGCAAGUCCACUCUCCUACGCCUCCUCUUCCGCUCCUAUGAUGCCCAGUCAGGCCGCAUCACCAUCGAUGACCAGGACAUCAAGUCGGUCACUCUCGACUCUCUCCGACGCUCCAUCGGCGUGGUGCCCCAGGAUACACCCCUAUUCAACGAUACCAUCGAGCACAAUAUUCGCUACGGCGACAUGUCGGCGUCCCGCGAGCUCGUCGAGGCAGCUGCCCAGCGCGCGCGCAUCCACGAGAUCAUUGAGAAGUUCCCUGACGGCUACCAGACCAAGGUCGGCGAGCGCGGCCUCAUGAUCUCGGGCGGUGAGAAACAGCGCCUCGCCGUGAGCAGGCUGCUCCUCAAGGACCCGCCGCUGCUCUUCUUCGACGAGGCCACGAGCGCUCUCGACACGCACACGGAGCAGGCGCUCAUGGCGAACAUCAACAGCAUCCUCCGCGAGAAGUCGAGGACGAGCGUCUUCGUCGCGCACAGGCUCAGGACCAUCUUUGACGCCGACAUGAUCAUCGUGCUGAGGGAGGGCAGCGUGGCUGAAGUAGGAACGCACAGGGAGUUGAUUGACCGGGGCGGCCUCUAUGCCGAGCUGUGGAGUGCCCAGGAGACUCUGUUCAAUUCCGAUGGAACUAGUGCUGUGGAGAGCGAAGAGCUGGAGGAAGGACGCUCCGUUCUGCGCGAGGAGAAGUAG